CCACAGCUGCUGCCCAGCCCAAAUCCCUGAAUGCUAUCUGGGGAAAGAGAGACAGACAGCAGGAGCCACAGGAGUGCCUGGAAUCAGAGGCUGGUGCAAACUGAGUACAUUCAGGGACUAGCCCCAUCCUGCUUCUCCAGAUGGACCAAAACUCCUCUAAUCUCCAGAGCAAGAGGACAGCAGCUCCCCACAGCAGACAAAAUAAAACCCAAGACUCUCUGACAGUGACCUCUAACCUCCCAGAUGACACCCAAGGUCACCAGGUCAACAUGCAAGCACCUAUGCCCAUCAUCCACACUCAAGAACCCAACAUCCAGGACCCAUCAACAUCCACACCUAUGCCCCGAAGGGUGAGCAUCCAGGAACCACCAGCAUCCUUUCUUCCUCGGAGAUCCAGCACCCCUGCUGCUUUCUCCCCGUCCACCAUUCCUCCCCGAAGGUUCAGCAUUCAAGAGACCCAUUCUCAGGGUUCCCAGCUCGAUACACAAGACAUACUAUCUGUUGCCUACAAUCGCUGGCUCCGUUCCAGAGAAGACGCUUCCCUAAACUCUAAUACUCUGUGCAGUAUCCAGUCAGAAACUGACACUGACAGACACCUCUCCUUGAUUCAGUCACACAAGCUCAAAAAUGUGGAUGUCCUCCCAUCCAUAACAGGCAGCCCAGAAGCCAGAGUCAGAAGUUUUGAGUCCUUUGUCUGGGACUCCAAGGAGAGCUUGACGGGAGUUUCACACCACUCUGUGUCCAGUCAUAGUACUCUAGGCAGUUUCUUCAAGCAGUCAAACAAUUAUCGCACAGCAGGCUCCAGCAGGAUACAGAGCAAACGCUGGUCCCUGCUGCCCGUGGGCUGGAAGCUGUUGCUCGAAGCCAAGAAGAUCAGCCGGUACUUUAGCCUGGUGCUGACUGUGGCCAGCAUGCUGAUACUCAACCUCACCGCCUUGUGGCGACCUUGGAUCCACUUCCAAGUGCCUCUAGUGCCCCCAGGGGACCCCACAGGCCCCAGGACCAUCCCCAUCGACACCAUCUUCUUCAAGCGCUGUCCUGACAUCUCCUGCAUGAAUGAAUAUGAUAAGAACGCCUACUUGCUGGACCUGGCCUGGGCCUGCCUCCUCAUCUCCGGUGUCAUGAGCUUCUGUGUGUGCAUGGGUCUCAUCAGCACCAUAUUCUUCCCCAGCACCAACAUGCCCUUGAUGGACUUCUCUCUCUUCGUCUGCAGCCUCAUGACAGGGGUCAGCAUCAUUCUGGCCGUCCUGUUCUACCUGAUGCAGGCCCGGAAGUUCUUACAGGAAGGCAUGACUUACACGCUGGGGAGCAGCUUCUACAUGGCCUGGACCAACGUCUUCUUCUUCUUCAUGAUUGGUCUGGCUGGCUUGGGGUCUCUUCUCCUAUCUGAACUACAUGAACUUCUGGUCCAUCCUGGCAGUCCAGGCCUUGUGGUCUUAGAACAUGACAAUGAACUGAUACCAAUGGUCUACUACCUGACAAGCUUGCUCUCCAGCCCAGAGUAAUAAUUCUUAUUUUAAAGAAAACUAUCUUUUGCCUUGAA